UAAAUUACCUACACGGGGAAGACGAAACAAACCUGGAUUCAGUUGUAUUCAUCGAGGCGGGCUUAUCUCUUUAGACCGUGUUAAUUUUAGACCCGGUUCUUUCUUUCUAAUUCUAGAUUCACCACUUUUUUUUUCUUCUUUCCCCAAUCUUUCUCUCUCAGCCCUUCGCAUCUUCUCAGCUGGGGGACACGCUACCACCCGGCAGGCUCAACCUCACGCAAACAAACCGACUAAACGUUUUUAGGUUCAUUAUUCUAGAGGUUUGCUACCAGUAGCCGGACAUUUUAAGGGGAUUUGCGGCGUGGGUGGUUAGCAACGGGUUUUUUUCUCUCUUGUGUCGGUCGCUGCUGGAGGAGGAGGGGCUGGUUGGCUGGUGAGGCUUGCCAAGCUAGCGAGCGGCGCUACGCAGACUGGCUAAACAAGUUUAAAAAGAUUCGUUAAGCUGCUGCUGUGAGGGGGGGAAACGAGAGAAAAGGUUAAAAAAAAAAAAAAAAAAGAAGUAGAGGAAAUCCCCCGAAAGGAAAUGCCAAUCGCAGCCGCUGGACAGCCAACGACCCAGGAGCCCAGAAUCUGCCCCCGGCUGCCCUCCUCCCCGGAGCCUGUCCCUAAAGGGGCUGAUUUAUUCGAAGAGGCGGGGGCGGCGGGAUCGGCGGAGCGUACAGAGUACGGGGCCGCCGAGGGGGGCCGAUUGGGGCUGGGGGGCUUCGGUUUCAGCCACAGCGGCGCUAGGAGCUUUGCACAGCCCGGAUCCACCAGCGGCUCUCCGCCGCAGUCUCCUGCCGCCUCCCCCUCCUCCCCUUUCCUCCUCCAUCUCUCUCACCCGCACCAAAUGGCUAUGGAGCCUCCACGGACUAGAUCGCGCUCUCGGUCUGGAUACUUCCAGCAGUACGGUGUUGGAAGUAACAACAGCGGAGUGACAGUGUCCAGCCCCCAUCUCCACCACCACCUCCAGCAGCAGCAGGUCGGUCACCAAGAGAACCAGCAGAGAGCUCCAGGAAGCAACGCCUCCCCCGGUAUUCACAGACUCCCCUCCGUGCCAGGAGUUCACCACGUCCCGAUGGCAGGAGCCUCUGGUGGAGCCUAUCACUGCCAUCCUGACCAUGCAUAUGGAGAGGAGAGUGAUAAGAGUGAGGAAAGCCCCAGUCCAAAGCGCCAGAGGCUGUCCAGUCAGUCCGUUUUAGAACAGCUGACCUCAUCUGUGCCCCUGCCAUCUACGCCUUCUCCCCCCAUCCGCCCGUGGGAGUCAGGACCUCCAAGUCGGAGGCAGCCUCACCCUCACACACACUACCACCAGGAGAGGUGCCUCACUCCUCCACGGCUCAGGCGCAGCCCACCAGCAAGGCGUCAACGUGGCCGUCUCACCAGACCCUCCCGCCACUUGCCUCUUCAUCACCACCCCUCUGCUCAAGGGCCUACCCCUCGCCUGUCACCAUCUGAGCUCCGGGAUGAAAACUACCACAACCCGCUUCCCUCCACGCAUCAGACGUACCCUGCACACACUCCAAGCACUUAUUCUCUGCCUCCAACAGCCGCCGGAGGAGGCAGAGGUUCAGAGGAGCCCCGAGCCUUCCACCCCCCCACAUUACCGUCACAGCUGUUGCACCAUGCUGCCCACCACCAUGCCCAUCAUCAUCAGCAACAACAUCACGCAACACAACAGCAUCAAGGCGCCAUGGUCUUGGACUUGCAUGAUCGGCUGCAGCAAGGCAACGUACCAGUCUCCUACACAGUGACCCCUGUGCCUCCCCAUGGCCUGGCAGCACCAUUGUGUAGCAGUCAGCACAUCCCCCCUUCCUGCUCCUCUCAGCAGCAGGUCCCAGCCUGCAGUGUGGUCUUCAGCACUGGACAACACUACCAUCCGAUGUUACAGGCAUGUUCAAUGCAUCACUUGCCGGUUUCCUAUGCUUUCCCCUCACUGCUGUCUAGUGACCAUCAGUUCCUGAUCUCUCCUCCACCUCAUCUCCCCCAUCACCCGCCCCACCUGCCCACACAGUUCUUGCCUUUCCAGACUCAACAGCCGCGGUCGCCCUUACAGAGAAUCGAAAACGAGGUUGACAUUGUGGGAGAUCAGCUUCCCGUAGGAGGAAACUUCAGCUAUGCCCACCAUCACCACCACCAGCCUCCUUCCACUCUGCCUCCUUCUACGCCACUCCAGUUCCUUUCCCACCAUGACCCCCUGUCACAAGAGCUUUUCACAGUGCCAUAUCCCCAUUUUAUGCCUCGGCGAUUUGCAAGUCGUCGUUACCGCUCACAGCAGGCUGUGCCGCCGUCUCCCUACCACCCAAGUUUCCUACCCUAUUUCCUGUCAAUGCUUCCUGUUCCGCCAAAUGUGACUCCUGCCAUCAGCCUAGAGUUGGAUGUGGAUGAUGGAGAGGUGGAAAAUUAUGAGGCCCUGUUGAACCUGGCCGAGCGUCUGGGGGAGGCUAAACCCAGGGGUCUAACCAAAGCAGAUAUCGAACAGCUUCCUUCAUACAGGUUUAACCCCAACAACCAUCAGUCUGAGCAAACACUAUGCGUCGUAUGCAUGUGUGACUUUGAGUCCCGUCAGCUCCUCCGAGUCCUCCCCUGUAAUCAUGAGUUCCACGCCAAGUGUGUUGACAAGUGGCUUAAGGCGAACCGUACCUGUCCUAUCUGUCGAGCCGAUGCUUCAGAGGUCCAGCGGGACUCAGAGUGACCGCUAGUCAACAAUUUCCCAUUCCGUUCAAUAUGUGAACUCAUUCAUUUUGGCACAUGACUGGGAUCACUGCACAGAAAUAAAUACCUAUUUAAAUGUCAUCAUGAAUAUUUCUUAAUUGAAGUGACCAUAAGAACAGAAGACCGGUGUGAUUGUUUUAAGAGGUUUUGCUGAAAGUUGACUUUCUAAAGAUUACGACAUUUCUACCAUCAUAGUCCAGCAGUUGUAACUUGUUGUUUAGAAGCCAUUUUUUCUGCUCUUUUUAAUUGGUCUGAGUUGAAAUCUAAUUUUAUUUCUCUUUAUUCUUGAUUUCUUGAGUCAAAUCCACCUGUUUGGUGGUUAACAUAGUUAUUAGUUUUCCACCAGAACGAGUCAAUGUGAUUCUGUUGGUCAAAGUUUCUCAUUGGAUAAUACUUAACCUACAGAUUUUGAAAUGGUUUCAUCAGAUUGAUUUUUGACUCAGGGCAUCAAGAAUAUCUACGCAGCUUUUAGGACAUUUCUAAAGUGAUUAUCUAACCUCAGAAAAUUCAGAUUCCCUUCACAUCACAUCUUCAAGCUAGGGCUGGGGGAUAAGCUGGAUUUUAAAUGUAACCGUCAUUCACUACGAUAACCGGUGAUAAUUUUCCUAUGUUGGUAAAAGAAAUAACCUAAUCCUGUGUGCGCUGGUGGCUGGUAUUUCCUUCCCCUUUAAGACACUGCAGUAUGUUUGUGGUCGCGUGACUCCGCCGAUCCAGUCAGAACAGACAAAGAGAAUAGUGGAUGAGACCAGUGAAGAAGCGUCUUAACACAGCUGUAAACAAAACCACAUCAGUUAAUCCUGUGUAGCCAAACGAGAGCAUAGAUUAAGCUGAGUGCAGAGAAAAGGUCGAGAGCGCGUUGUCAGAGUUGAGCGUGCAACAGACCGGUUUUGAGCGAGGGUAUGCAAGUUUAAACGAUGCACAUUGUUCUCACUGCACGCUCAGUUCGGUGGCAUCAAAAUCACGCCAUAGAUGUUGAGCAAAAGAACACAAAAUGCAAAGUUUGUCUGAAAGCUGUCGGGACUACACAGAGUAACACAUCCAAACUCCACCACCUACAGCACAGCCACGCUGUUCAGUUUAAAGAUGUGCAAAAUGCUCCAUUACUUUUGCGCAAAAAUAAAUAAAUAAUAAGUAGAUCAGUUGCAUUUCCUGCACAUGCCUUUAUUUCUGAUAGAGGAGCCUAGAGGAUUAUCGUGCAUUUAUCUUUAUCGAGGUAAAACUGCCCAAUUUGAGGUCAUAUCUCCCAGCCCUACUUGAAGCAGACAUCGACAUGGCCGCCUUUCUCAUUUGAUGCUAAGCUAUUUCUUCACUUUCCUCAAUAUUAGGAAGUUUUUGCACUUGGAGCAAGCCUGUGGAAUACAACAGAAUUUUAAAUCAGGCGGAAUCAUCUAUCUCUUCUAAAUUCUUAAUUUCUCAAAGAUCUUUAUGAUUGGAACAAAUUUAAAUACGUUAUUGUCUGACGAUUGCCUUUUGUGUAGUUGGCAACCCAGUUAAUUUUUGCACCUCUUACCAGCAACAACUUUCACACUUUUUACGUCUUAACUAUCUACUGUAUUUCAGAUUAUGGGUCGCAGCCCUUUACAGAAAUUUAAGGCUUUUAUUACUUUCUUCACAUUCUGG